UGCGUGGGCGACCAAAGUUCAUGUAAUUUUUAAAUAUUUGCGAGUCUAAAUCGAUUAUCAAAGCCAAAUUAAAAGUUAAUCGCUUGUUAUUCGACUAAGCGUAGAAGGUUAGUUUGGAAGCGAACGAGAUGAGAGCUGGAUUGUUGGAAAAUCUGUUGCUCUUGUACCUUUUAUGGAUUUGUUUCAAUGGAAAUCAAACAUUUAAGUUCAAAAUGACAAACUUGGGAUGUGAAUCGUUCAACAAAUCGUGGGUCGUCUACACGGAAUGUCGACUACGGGCAAUAAGUCGCAACAAGACAACGAUGACAGCAUUCGUGAUGGUCUCAGAGCCAGCGUACAACAUAUUUGUGAGAGCAAGGGUACUGAGAAAGGCCAAUGGAUAUAAGCCUUGGAUAAUCGACUACACCAUCGACGCAUGCAAGUUUAUGCGGAAUCGUCAUCAUCCGUUUGCGAAGAUCAUCUGGAAGCUGAUCAGAGAUGUGUCAACGAUCAAUCACAGCUGUCCCUACAAUGGUCUGAAUGGAUUAAAGGAUUUCUACGAUGUUUCCACCAUGCCUCUUAUAUUGCCAAGCGGUGAAUACCUUUUGAAUCUCACUUGGAUAUUCGACAAGAAGCCGCAGUUUGUUACAAAUGUCUACUUUUCAUACUGGGACGAUUGA